GUGAUUGGUUAACUUUCUUGAAGAGUUAUACAACUCCGCCUUUGCUUAGCCUUUUAUGUGUUGCAGUGGUGUUUUAAAGAGGAACUGGGACACAAAAACGAACUUAGCAGUCAGCGGGGAAUAGGAGUUUAAGCAAUCUCAGUGGGAAACGUCCUGCACUAUGGCAGACAGCAGUAAAACUCAUGAGCCCAGUCCAUCCACAGCCCAGCCAGCUCCUGAAGACCAGCAGAGUGUGGUGUCCCGUGUUGGCAGCCUACCCCUGGUGAGCUCUACGUGCGGGAUAGUGUCCAAUGCCUACAGCAGCACUAAGGACAGCGUGCCUCUCCUGAAGGGGGUCAUGGAUGCUGCAGAGAGCGGGGUCCGCACCCUGGGGGCAGCUGCCACCUCUGGCUCCAAGCCGCUCCUGGACAAACUGGAGCCACAGAUUGCUAUUGUGAAUCAAUAUGCCAUGAUGGGAUUGGACAAGGUGGAGAACCUGCCAAUCCUCCAGCAGCCAGCUGACAAGCUGGUUUCAGACACAGUGGGCAUGAUGUACCAGUCUGUGAGCGGGGCAAAGGAUGCCAUGGCUGGAGCCACGGAGUCUGUUUCUGGGGCCGUGGCUGGGGCCAAGGAGACAGUGGCUGGGGCUUUGAUGGCAGCGGUGUCUGGGGGUGUGGAGAUGACUCAAGCGGCAGCCAGUGGAUGGUUCAAUUCAUUCAUGGCCACCGGUGUCGGCCAGAUUGUCAGCAGUGGGGUGGGCCUGGCCCUUAGCCACUCUGAGAACUGGGUGGACCAGAAUCUGCCUCUCAGUGAAAGAGAGCUGGCUGCUUUAGCUGAGCCUGCAACGGGUGAGGUGGGUACUGCACCUGUAGUGGGCUCUAGCCCCAGCUACUUUGUCCGUCUGGGCAAGUUGUCCUCCAAGGUGCAGGAGUGGGCUCUGGAGCAGUCCCUAGUGAAAGCCCGGCAUGCCAGAGACACCACAUACGCCACCAUCACCCAGAUCAGCACCACUCUGGACCUGCUAGAGAAGGCCCGCUCCACCCUGGCUACUGCCAACCAACAGUUGGGAGGGGCACCAGAACAGCUGCUUCAGCGCUGGAAGGAGUGGCAGGAGAAACAGCCUACAGUUAAAGAUGGAGAGGUAGAGACCAGAGCGGUGGAUGGUCCUGGUCCCGUUGAUCAAACUGAGCAGUUGGAGUGGCAAACCCUGUCAAUGGUGCAUGGUCUCAGUGACCAGUUGCGGUCUGCAUGCUCUGGCGUGGUGUCCAGUGCCCAGGGGUUACCCACUGCGGUCCAGGACCAUCUGGCAAACGCAAGGAGAGCAGCUGAAGAGCUGCACUCUUCCCUGGGCAACACUAGCAACCUCACACCACCUCUCCUUGAGCAGACUCGUCACCAUCUAACACAGGUGCGACAUUCUUUGGAUGGUGUCAUGGAGUAUCUGCUCAACAACACUCCUCUCAACUGGCUAGUGGGACCAUUUGCUCCUCAGAUCAAAGAAAAGGGGGAGGGUGGGCAUACAGUGGAUAAGGGGGGUCCUUAAAUCUCGGGUUGGUGCAAGGAACAGGACGGAGAAGGAACUGGACCAAGAAGUUGAUUACACCAAAAAGGCUUUUGCUUUUAUUCAGCUUUUUGACCCAGGCCUUAAUAUUAACAUAUCUGACAUUUGCAUAUUUGUAUACAUUGCAGUAAAUUGUGUGUUUUCUGGUGUAACAAUUUUUUUGUUUAUUUAAGAUGAUAUGUGACACAUAAUGUGUUAAGCUGUGCAAGCUAGCAAUAUGAAUCGAUUAUAUGCCGAUAUCAAGCAUUAAAUGAAAUAGGCAAAUAGUUUUACUUAAUGUUGUAAAAUGAAAGAUUCAAUUAAAUUAUAAAACUAAGAGAUAAUAAAUCAGAAUGAUUUAAGAUGGGUCACAUCAUAGUGAAAGUUGACCCAAUAGUGAAAGUCAUAGUUGGUGUUCUUGUUUAUUGUUUAUUAAAUAAAACCCUUAGUAUAGUAGAGUUCAUUCUGAACAGAUACAGAGAUUAUACAUCCGUAAAUAGUAUAUGGCUUUAGAGGUUUGGGGUAGAGACCUAAUAAAGUGUUUUCCAAAUACACAUUCCAAUGGUCAGUCUUUUGGAUCCUGUAAGAAAACAGGCUCUCAGUCCUCUGAAAUGGAGGGUUGAAACACCCCAGUCUUUUGUCUUCUUUGUGUUGAGCAAUUUGUGAUGUGGCUGGAUGUGAAAGCACAUUUGAGUGAAGAGCCUGUGACUUUCUAACUUUCUAUGCUUACAUACACACCUUUGAGACCCCAAUAUAUGCUAAUCACGACAUAGUGCAUACUCUUUAUGGAAGUCACAAUGCUGUUGUAGAUCCUCCAGAAGUGGAUGGACCCCUAAAAUACAUAUGUGCACUUUAUCACACUAGCCUCUGGAUAUUGAGGAACCAUUUACACAUUUUUUUUUUCUGUAACACUAAAAUCUCCAUUUAUAACUGAUCUUUAAUCCUUUAUAAUGUAUAAUAGUCGUUCUGGACAUUUGUGUGACAUUUGACUGACCUCACUGCUGUAUGUGAAAAUAUCCAGAACGGUGGUUUGCUGUUAUUCUGAAGUCGUUACCCAAUAAAUAAACAAUAACCUUAAAAACCUG